GCCGCCAUCUUUGUUGGGGGCAGCCGGCCCGCGGCGAGAUGCCGAAGUCGUGCGCGGCGCGCCAGUGCUGCAACCGCUACAGCAGCCGCCGGAAGCAGCUCACCUUCCACCGGUUCCCGCUGAGCCGCCCGGAGCUGCUGAAGGAGUGGGUGCUGAACAUCGGCCGGGGCAACUUCCAGCCCAAGCAGCACACGGUCAUCUGCUCCGAGCACUUCCGCCCCGAGUGCUUCAGCGCCUUCGGGAACCGCAAGAACCUGAAGCUCAACGCCGUGCCCACCGUGUUCGCCUUCCAGGAGCCCGGGCAGCUGGUGAGGGAGAACACAGACCCUGCUGGCCGGGCCGGAAAUGCCAGCUCCGAGGAAGGAAAGGUCCUCCUGGCAACGGAGGCCGGGGAGUUGGGCCCAGGGAGGACGAUGGACGCCGCGCUCGGAGCACUUCAGCUGCCACCAAACACCAGCGAGCCCGGGAGGCAGGUCCUGCCACACGGGCCGGAAGCAGCCAAGGCCCCCGGUCAGCCAGCCAGCCCCCCAGGACUGAGGCCACCCCUCCCCACGCAGCCGCCUGAUCACAGCUACGCCCUUUUGGACUUGGAUGCCCUAAAAAAAAAGCUCUUCCUGACGCUGAAGGAAAACGAGAAGCUUCGAAAGCGCUUGAAAGCCCAGAGGCUGGUGAUGCAGAGGAUGUGCAGCCGCCUCCGCGCCCACAGGGCUGGGCAGCCGGGACUCCAGGCCAGGCCGCGGCCUGAGCAGCGGAGCUGAGCCCGUCAGCUGGGAUUUCUGGGAGCCCCUGGAGGGCGGGCAGCGGUGUUGGCUGGGCCACGGCUGGACACCUCAGUCCUGUCCCCUGGCGAGAAGCCUGCUGUCGCCUCCGUGGAGGUCAGCGGGAGGGGAGGCCAUGGGCGUGGCAGUCCUGUCUCUGGGGGGAGGGCUGGCCCUGGUGUCCUGUCACCACUGUGGGGGGCGAGCGCCCCCGUCCCGAGUGUCCUGAGUGAAGCUGGCCACGGCUCCCCCAGAGGGGAGGAAGCACGUUUCCUGAGGGGCAGCGGGGUCCAGGGGCUGACUCGGAGGGUGGGGUCACCCCCACGCCCACCACACCUGAGGGGGAGCACAGCGGCACUCGGUGUGAGGAGCCUCCUUACAGGGCCUGUGCGAGCGAACAACUUUUAAAUAAAGCGUCUCCUAGGCGCAGGCCGCCUCCUCACUGACCGCGGGUGGGGGCGGAGCCCAGGGCCUCUGCAGCGAAGGCCAGACCGGGCCUGGGCCGACACCUCCGACUACGGAAGUAUCUGGCUUCAGUGCUUCCAAGAGCAAGUGAAAACCCAGCCCUGCCGCCUCCACCGCACCGAGUGGAGGGGCCGGCCCGGCGAGGCUGUUCCUCCCAGGCCAGGCCUGGCCGCGACAGCGCCAAUGAGGGGCGCUUUCCUCAUCCUUGCGGCGAACACAGAUGCAUUACAAAUGCCGUCCGGUGUCCAGGAAAGGUUUAUUGUGGGGCGAGGCGCCUUCCGUACCGUCUUCCAAACAGGAGCAGCCUGGGGGCCCAGAAGAGGCCGGCGUGGUGGGCAUGCACUGCAGCCCUGUCAGGCUUGCGCGCACAACCCCCUUCAGAGUGGGCUCGGAGCGGGUCCUAAGUAUCACAGAACUGGGCAACUGGGCCUUUCCCGAGACCAGAGGAGCUGACUCCGACAGCAGGACCAGUGAGGAGGCUGCGGGGCUGGCAGGACAGCGGCCCACCAGGGCCCUCUGCUCACCAGGAAAGUGAGGCCACACCAGGCGGCUCUGAGGGGGUGGGCUCCUGACAUCCCCACCUCCGUGGAAGAGGCUUGUGAAGGUGGAGGGUUGAGAGCAGGGCCUGGGGCCACAGGCUGUGGGGGUGGCAACGCCACCUGCUGGCCACACCGAGCGAGGCACAGGCCAGUCUGGGAGCUGGGACCCCUGGCCCCUUCACCUCUCAUCGCGCGCGCUUCCCCUGCACCGGGGGGACCGCUCCUGCAGCCCUGCGUUCUUGGGGGUGGCCCAGGCGGUGCUGUGUGGCCCGGGAGAGGAAAGGGAGGGACACCACUCUGCCCAGGCCCGGUGCUGUGGAAUGAUUUGAGAAGUUCUGGGAGGGGAAAAAAGAGACUUACUUCCAGAACCAUUCAUUCUCAGAUAAAAAGAUUUAUAAACCCACACAAUCCUCUCCAGAUUCACUUAGUAACAUUUCGGCAGGAGGAGGAGGCUUCAGGAAGCUCACCGGGCCGGAGACCCCUGCUCGGGAGAAGCCUGCCUCCCUGCUCCGGUUCCAGGUUCGGCGUGGGCUUCAGGGGUGGUUCACAGUCCUGUGCGCGAGGGUGGGGUUUCCAUAAAUACCUCAGGACAGACCGGGAGCGGCCGGUGGCUGCAGUCGGCUUGUGCGAGCGCCUGGAGGGCCGAGGCGUCCUUCCCUCCAGGGACACCAUCCUGGGGAGGGCAGACCCGGCGUGUAGUCUGGUCCAGGAGGGGCGGCCUUGGCCCUCCCACAGCACCCACACGUGGGGCUGUGUGUCCCUUCAUGUAAUGACACGGCGCCACCUUCUAGAGGGAUAAUAGAAACACAUCUGAUAUCUGGGUUUUUCCCCUGCUUCCAAAUUUGUAGAAUCCCAGGAAGAUUUUUCGCAGCCUCUUUUUAAUCUGGUUUCUGAAGCAGUUUAUCCGUCUGUGUCAAUCCUGUGAGCUGUGGAAGGAAAGAAUCUAUGGGUCAAAGCACCACUGUUUCCCCGCCGCUUUCUACUUCAGAGGCUCAGCUUCGGCCUGGCCUGUGGAGGGAGCCCAACCCACCCAGAACCACCGGUUCUGGAACAAAACAGCCGCUGAGUCGGCUCGGCAUGCAUCACCCCAGGGGCGGCUUCCCUCACCUGGCUCGCUAAAGUUCCCCUUGGGGAGGGCCGAUCCCUCCAGACCUCCCAGCAGGCCCGAGGGCAGCUGGGGCCCUAACCCCAGGCGGACAGGAGGGCACGUGGUGGCUGUCACCCCCACCCUUGAU